AACAAAACACCAACCCGGGCAGAGGAGGAGGCGAGGAGGCGCGGCGGCGGCGGCGGCGGCAGCGGCGGCGGCGGCGGCGGCGGCUCGGACCCCCUCCCCCGGCUACCCCCAUCAGUGCAGCUCUCCGGGCGAUGCCAGAAUAGAUGCCGGGGCAAUGUCCCGCCGCAAACAGGGCAACCCGCAGCACUUGUCCCAGAGGGAGCUCAUCACCCCAGAGGCUGACCAUGUGGAGGCCGCCAUCCUCGAAGAAGACGAGGGUCUGGAGAUAGAGGAGCCCAGCAGCCUGGGGCUGAUGGUGGGUGGCCCCGACCCUGACCUGCUCACCUGUGGACAGUGUCAGAUGAACUUCCCCCUGGGGGACAUCCUGGUUUUUAUAGAGCACAAGAAGAAGCAGUGCGGUGGCCUGGGUGCUUGCUAUGACAAAGGCCUGGACAAAGGCAGCCCGCCGCCCUCCUCACGCUCCGAGCUCAGGAAAGUGUCCGAGCCGGUGGAGAUCGGGAUCCAGGUCACCCCCGACGAAGAUGACCACCUGCUCUCACCCACGAAAGGCAUCUGCCCCAAGCAGGAGAACAUUGCAGGGCCGUGCAGGCCUGCCCAGCUGUCAGCGACGGCCCCCAUAGCUGCCUCCUCCCACCCUCACUCAUCCGUGAUCACUCCACCUCUGCGCACCCUGGGCGCUCUGCCGCCCUGCUUCCCCCUGCCGUGCUGCAGCGCGCGCCCGGUCUCGGGUGACGGGACUCAGGGUGAGGGUCAGACGGAGGCUCCCUUUGGAUGCCAGUGUCAGUUGUCAGGUAAAGAUGAGCCUUCCAGCUACAUUUGCACAACAUGCAAGCAGCCCUUCAACAGCGCGUGGUUCCUGCUGCAGCACGCGCAGAACACGCACGGCUUCCGCAUCUACCUGGAGCCGGGGCCGGCCAGCAGCUCGCUCACGCCGCGGCUCACCAUCCCGCCGCCGCUCGGACCCGAGGCCGUGGCCCAGUCCCCGCUCAUGAAUUUCCUGGGCGACAGCAACCCCUUCAACCUGCUGCGCAUGACGGGCCCCAUCCUGCGGGACCACCCGGGCUUCGGCGAGGGCCGCCUGCCCGGCACGCCGCCGCUCUUCAGCCCGCCGCCGCGCCACCACCUGGACCCGCACCGCCUCAGUGCCGAGGAGAUGGGGCUCGUUGCCCAGCACCCCAGUGCCUUUGACCGAGUCAUGCGCCUCAACCCCAUGGCCAUCGACUCUCCCGCCAUGGACUUCUCGCGGCGGCUCCGCGAGCUGGCGGGCAACAGCUCCACGCCGCCGCCCGUGUCGCCGGGCCGCGGCAACCCUAUGCACCGGCUCCUGAACCCCUUCCAGCCCAGCCCCAAGUCCCCGUUCCUGAGCACGCCGCCGCUGCCGCCCAUGCCCCCCGGCGGCACGCCGCCGCCGCAGCCGCCAGCCAAGAGCAAGUCGUGCGAGUUCUGCGGCAAGACGUUCAAGUUCCAGAGCAAUCUCAUCGUGCACCGGCGCAGCCACACGGGCGAGAAGCCCUACAAGUGCCAGCUGUGCGACCACGCGUGCUCGCAGGCGAGCAAGCUGAAGCGCCACAUGAAGACGCACAUGCACAAGGCCGGCUCGCUGGCCGGCCGCUCGGACGACGGGCUCUCGGCCGCCAGCUCCCCGGAGCCCGGCACCAGCGAGCUGGCCGGCGAGGGCCUCAAGGCGGCCGACGGCGACUUCCGCCACCACGAGAGCGACCCGUCGCUGGGCCACGAGCCCGAGGAGGAGGACGAGGAGGAGGAGGAGGAAGAGGAGGAGCUGCUGCUGGAGAACGAGAGCCGGCCCGAGUCGAGCUUCAGCAUGGACUCGGAGCUGAGCCGCAACCGCGAGAACGGCGGCGGCGGCGUGGCCGGGGUGGCGGGCGCGGGCGGCGUGGGCGGCGCGGCCAAGGCGCUGGCCGACGAGAAGGCGCUGGUGCUGGGCAAGGUCAUGGAGAACGUGGGGCUGGGCGCGCUGCCGCAGUACGGCGAGCUGCUGGCCGACAAGCCCAAGCGCGGCGCCUUCCUGAAGCGCGCGCCGGGCGGCGGCGACGCGGGCGACGACGACGACGCGGGCGGCUGCGGCGACGCGGGCCCGGGCGGCGCGGUCAACGGGCGCGGUGGCGGCUUCGCGCCCGGCGCCGAGCCCUUCCCGGGCCUCUUCCCGCGCAAGCCGGCGCCGCUGCCCAGCCCCGGGCUCAACAGCGCGGCCAAGCGCAUCAAGGUGGAGAAGGACCUGGAGCUGCCGCCCGCCGCGCUCAUCCCGUCCGAGAACGUGUACUCGCAGUGGCUCGUGGGCUACGCGGCGUCGCGGCACUUCAUGAAGGACCCCUUCCUGGGCUUCACGGACGCGCGCCAGUCGCCCUUCGCCACGUCGUCCGAGCACUCGUCCGAGAACGGCAGCCUGCGCUUCUCCACGCCGCCCGGGGACCUGCUGGACGGCGGCCUGUCGGGCCGCAGCGGCACGGCCAGCGGGGGCAGCACGCCGCACCUGGGCGGCCCGGGCCCCGGGCGGCCGAGCUCCAAGGAGGGCCGGCGCAGCGACACGUGCGAGUACUGCGGCAAGGUGUUCAAGAACUGCAGCAACCUGACGGUGCACCGGCGGAGCCACACCGGCGAGCGGCCUUACAAGUGCGAGCUGUGCAACUACGCGUGCGCGCAGAGCAGCAAGCUCACGCGCCACAUGAAGACGCACGGGCAGAUCGGCAAGGAGGUGUACCGCUGCGACAUCUGCCAGAUGCCCUUCAGCGUCUACAGCACCCUGGAGAAACACAUGAAAAAGUGGCACGGCGAGCACUUGCUGACUAACGACGUCAAAAUCGAGCAGGCCGAGAGGAGCUAAGCGCGCGGCCCGGCGCCCCGCCCCGCCCCUGUACAGUGGAACCGCCGCCACCCGAGAGAAUGCUGACCCGAUGCCUGCGCCCGCGCCGCGCCGCCCCCCGCCCCGCCCCGGCCCGGGGCGCUGGGCCCGCGGCGCUCCAACCUAACCUGUGUCUACGAAGUCCUAUGGAAACCCGAGGGUUGAUAGAGGCAGUAAAAAUUGUGGAGCCUUUUAACUGUGCAAUAAUUUCUGUAUUUAUUGGGUUUUGUAAUUUUUUUGGCAUGUGCAGAUACUUUUUAUUAUUAUUCUUUCUGUUUAAAUUCCUUUAAGAGAUUUUGUUGGGUAUCCAUCCUUUUUAAUUUUUUUUGUUUUUGGUUUUGUUUUGUUUUGUUUGUUUGUUUCUGUUUUUUUAAAACCCAGUAGUAGCCUGAGCAAUGACUCCCAAGCGAUGUAGAAGGGAAGCUUAUCUUUUAAAUUAUAAUUUGGGGGGGGAGGGCGCUGCUUUUUUGAGAUUUAAGCUAAGCAUGUGUAAUUUCUUGUGAAGAAGCCAACACUUAAAUGACUUUUAAAGUUGUUUACUUUGUUUUUUUUAAAUUCCUUCUUUUUUUUUUUUUUCCUUCGGUCCUGAAAUAAAAAGUGGCAUGCUCUUUUUUUUGGGGAGGGGAGGGGGUGGAUGUACAGCGGAUAACAAUCCUCAACGUUGUAGCACUUUGUUUCAGAAUUGGAAUUGAGAUGUAGCACUGAUGAUCUCCUGAGUAACAGAGGCCUUUCCUGUGUUGAUUUCAACCUUUACAGCAUCCAAGGGAGCUUCUAGUGGUGGGGGAGAGUCAGAGGUCCCCCCUUCCCCCUCCCCUGUCCCCCCCCCCCCCCAGAAAACUCACCACUGACAGAGAAAUAGGAGGUUUUGAGAACUGCCCGGGAGAUGGCCCAAAAGCAUCUUAGAGUUGUGCAUGACCAACAGAUACGUUGCUUUUCUUGGAGCGUUCUCGUGCCCUGGGAUGUCAUCUUUGCUCUUUGCUAUAGAUGAGGCUAGAUAAAAUGGGCUGAGGGUACUUUUUUGGGUAGAUGGUGGUGACCUGCAGUGACACAGAAGGGAAAGAACCAGCCAUAUCCUUUCAGGCUUCUUCUGGCUUGACGGCUUCUCUCUCUCUCUCUUUUCAUCACCCCCCCACCACAGAAAUCCCGAGUCGCACGUUGCUUCCGGUGAUAACUGACCGUGUCUCAAGCAGACAAGUGCCCCGAUGAGGUGAACUGAGAGAAGGUAGUAUUCUCUCAUUUAAUGCACACUGAUGACAUUGGAUGGACAGGUGGGAGGAUCUUGCAAAUUUCUCUUCCCUUUUACUGGAAAAGCAGGGAAAGAGUUCCAUCCGACGGUGCCCAGCGCUACUUCCCAAUUUUUUUCUUUUCUAUCCCAUUAGGUUGGAAGGUACUAAACAUUGGACUGUUAAGAUUAGACAUUGGAAUUCUGUUGACCCGCACUUUAAAGCUUUUGUUUGCAUUUAAAUUAAAUGGCUUCUAAACAAGAAAUUGCAGCAUAUUCUUCUCUCUGGCCCAGAGGUGGGUUAACCUGUAAGGGACGGCCGAGAUCGAGUGUCAGUGUUGCUAAGCUUGGCAUUCACAAUACUGGCACUAUAAAGAACAAAAUAAAAUAAUUUAUUGGACGGUUUUUCUACUGCCAUUCAAUUUGAUGUGAGUGCCUUGGAAACUGAUCUUCCUAUCUGAGUCUCUUGAGACAAAUGCAAAACUUUUUUUUUUUUUUUGAAAUGAAAAGACUUUUUAAAAGAGUAAAACAAGAAAAGUACAUUCUUUAGACACAAACAAAGCCACAUUUACUUUUAAUUAAAUUUAAAAAAAAUCCUGGUUGAAGAUAGAGGACAUGAAAAUGCCAUAAGACCCAAUCAAAUGAAGAGAUAAGCCCAGCACAACCGUGGACAUCCUUAGCUGAAUUAUCCUCAUCCCCCUUUGUCUGUGGGACAACGCUGCUUAGAUUUGGUGUGGAGGUGAAUCACUGCUGAAUUAAAACUCAAGCGACACAAGUUACACGUUGGUAUCGUUGAAUGAAAAAACAAAAACGAUUCAGGAACAAUGGCUAAUUUUUUUCUAAAGUUAAAUUUAGUGCACUCUGUCUUAAAAAUACGUUUACAGUAUUGGAUACAUACAAGGGUAAAAAAAAAUUGUGUGUAUGUGUGUUGGAGCGAUCAUUUUUUUUUCCAAGUUUGCUUACUAGGUUAUAAAAAAAUGCCACAGUGGCUGCGUGUAUAUUGUUUUCUUUUUGGUGACGGGGUUUUAGUAUAUAUUAUAUAUAUUAAAAUUUCUUGAUUACUGUACAAGUGGACCAGUAUUUGUAAUAAUCGAGAAUGCCUGGGCAUUUUACAAAACAAGAAAAAAAAAACCCUUUUCUUUUCCUUGAAAAUGUUGCAGUAAAAUUUAAAUGGUGGGUCUAUAAAUUUGUUCUUGUCACAGUAACUGUAAAGUCGGAGUUUUAGUAAAUUCUUUUCUGCCUUGGGUGUUGAAUUUUUAUUUAAAAAAAAAUGUAUAGAAACUUGUAUUUGGGGAUUAAAAGGGGAUUGCUACACCAUGUAGAAAAAGUAUGUAGAAAAAAAAGUGCUUAAUAUUGUUAUUGCUUUGCAGAAAAAAAAAAUCACAUUUCUGACCUUUACUUAUUUUUCUCUCCCCGCCCCCUCUGGAAUGGAUAUAUUGGUUGGUUCAUAUGAUGUAGGCACUUGCUGUAUUUUUACUGGAGCUUGUAAUUUUUUAACUGUAAGCUUGUCCUUUUAAAGGGAUUUAAUGUACCUUUUUGUUAGUGAAUUUGGAAAUAAAAAGAAAAAAAAAACAAAAACAAACAGGCUGCCAUAAUAUAUUUUUUUAAUUUGGCAGGAUAAAAUAUUGCAAAAAAAAAUUUGUAUGUUUAGUCCUAUUGUACAGGAGAAGAAGGGUUGUUUGACAACCUUUGAGGAAAAGAAACAAAAGGAAGUCGUUAAAUGCUUCGGUUCACAAACCAUUUUAGUUGUAUAUAUUUUUGUCGGAAUUGGCCUAUACAAAGGACUGUUCGAGCAGGGCUUCUCCGAAUGCUCCGAACCUUGCAUCAAGGCUCCCUGGUGUGGCCACAGCAGACCGGAUGGGAAAUUCUUUAUUCGUGUUGAGUGGAGAAAUCAGUUUUUGUAAAGAUGUCGGUCACAUUUCACAGAGUCCUCUCGUUCUCCAAGAGGCCAUCUGUAAGAUGUCAGGUGUUAGAGGAGAGAGCGAGAGGGCAUCUUCCUUCUCUACUGUCACCACUGUGGCGGUCACCACGUCUCCCGCCCGCCCUUAAGAGCAGAAAGGAAUGCAAACCGAGCUUUCUUUAGUCCUUGAGAAAACGUGAAACAGACAAAAGACGCAGUAAAAGGAGCUGGUGAAUCAGCGAGGCACAGGUGACGCGAGACCAGUGCAAGUUGGAUUUCAGGAGGGAGUCAGGGCCUUUCUUUCCAUGGAGAGUGUUGGCCUGUUGUCGUUCUUAGCUGCUCCGCUGCUUUGCUCGCUGAAACCUACAUUCCGUCAGUUUCUGAGUGCCGAGGGCCUGGGAUGAAUUCGGUGCCUUUCCUAUCUCUUCUCUCCUUCCCCUGUGUUUCCUCUCCAUCCUCCAGCCUCUAUCAGUCUUUUAUUUUGUCCUCUUCAUUUUUACUUAAUUUCUUUUCUUUCUCCCUCUCUCUACUCCUGUUUUUGUUUUUUUUUUUUCUUGUAAAGCCAAGUAGCUUUAAAGUGGUGGUUUUUUGGAUGAGGGAAUAAUACACUUAAAAAAAAAAAACCUAUAUCAGGAAGCCAUUUUUUAUUUCAGGAACUGUAAAACCAUUAUUUCAGGUUAUGAAAGUAUAACCAAGCAUCUUUUGGGGCAAUUCUUGACCAAAUGCAGAAAUCUUUCUUCUGGGAGCUUUUCUGUUCCAUACACCCUUCCCUCCUUGUAACUGACCUUUGCAAAGGGAACAGAAAGGGGGGAGGGGGGGAGAGAAAGCUGAGAUGUCAGUUUCCUACCUGCCCAACCCGAAGACCCAGGGGCUGCCCUUUCUUUCCAAUGCCCUCUUAAGGUACUGGAGCCUCCAGGGUGGUCACCCUGUAGUUCCGAAAGCUAGCCAGCCCUCACCAGCUUCCACAAAGUCACCAGAAUGCCAGGACUAAGCCAUCCUAAAGCACAAAGAUUGUGUCUCUGUCCAUUGCAGAGAAAAGAGCAUUAUGCUUCUCUUUCAUGUUUAAAAAGCCCACACUGGAGCAGACGACCCAGUGAGGGGGGGGCCCCCGAGCCUGGGUGACCCAGCCGACCUCAGGCCGGUUUCCAUACUGCCACAACUUUGUUCAAAGUUGCCCCAAAUUGGAACCUGCCACUUGCCAUUAGAAGGUCUUUCAUGGGGAGAGGAGGAGGCUGAACUACUAUAAGCAAAAUGUGAAAAGUAAGGAAGUCAGCCUUUCAUCCCGGUCCGUAGCGAAGGUUUUGUUGCGCACAGGCAAACCCGUGAUUUGGUGCUCUUUGUAUCUCAACCCUGCAAAGCAAAGUUACAUUGAUUUAAGUUGUUUGCAUUUGUACGGGCAAGGCAAAAUAUUUUUAUUACCUUUUCUAUUACUUAUUGUAUGAGCUUUUGUUGUUUACUUGGAGGUUCUGUCUUUUACUACAAGUUUGGAACUAUUUAUUAUUGCUUGGUAUUUGUGCUCUGUUUAAGAAACGGGCACUUUUUUUUUUAUUAUGGAUAAAAUGUUGAGAUGACAGGAGGUCAUUUCAAUAUGGCUUAGUAAAAUAUUUAUUGUUCCUUUUAUUCUCUGUACAAGAUUUUGGGCCUCUUUUUUCCCUUAAUGUCACAAUGUUGAGUUCCGCAUGUGUCUGCCAUUUCAUUUGUACGCUUGUUCAAAACCAAGUUUGUUCUGGUUUCAAGUUAUAAAAAUAAAUUGGACAUUUAACUUGA